AUGUCUAGUACGCCACAAUUUCGCUUGACGAUCGAGGACGGCCAGUUCCGUGACCGCAAGGGCCGCACCGUCGUCCUCCGCGGCAUCAACCUUGCAGGUGACGCAAAGCUGCCCAGCGAACCAGACCAGCCCUCCCAUGUUGGCACCGAUUUUUUCGACGGCGACAGCGUCAAGUUUCAUGCUCGCCCAUUCCCCAAAGACGAAGCCCACAUUCACUUUUCACGCCUCACGCGUUGGGGCUUCAACACCAUCCGCUAUGUCUUUACCUGGGAGGCGCUCGAGGCUGCGGGGCCGGGUCGCUACGCGAGGAGUUUAUUCAGCACACAAUCGACAUUUUGA